AAUUUAUACCGGGGGGUUUUAUUCUGUGGCCCCGUCUCCCUGUUUGUGGAGGGACGUGGUGUUGGGUUGUGUGCACACAAAGCGCAUUUGGUUGUAACAUGACCGUCCUGUGCCUGGCUCAGGCUUAGACCAGGUUUUGUUUUGGUGGGAAAGAGCUGCUCUCAUCGUUGCCUACAGAAAUUGUGUGGUUUGUCGUGUCACAUCUUGGUAGUUUAUUAGAUAAUUCUAUUAGGGAAUUAAAUACUUCAGGACCUUCUGCAUUUGAAAUAAGUUUGCCAAAAUUGAACGUAGCGUGUAGGACUAUUUCUCUGCCUAUUUCUCUGCUGCAGCAGCAGAAUGCAUGAUAACUUCCCUGGUGUUUCACCCCCAGUGAUCCUCAGCUCUGCCCUAAAGGAAACACCUUUCAGAAGCAAAGCGGAGUUCCUCUUUGCUUGCCAUAAAAGGCUGAGAGAAAGGAUUCAGCUAUUGGUAGUAAUAUCUACUGUGUAGAUACUUGCUUGUUAGAACUUGUAAUAGAAAUUUUUUAUCUCAAGUUCCAAAACAGCUGGUAUGCUUAUGAUCAAAGUUUCAGUGCUAUGGCAGGCUCAAUUAAAGCAGAGGUCUGAUGAUGAUUUACUGCUCAUUAUGCUGUUUGAAGAAAUUUAGGCCUCCGUCCAUUGUGUGAAGUUGUAUAAAGGAUGCUAGUUCUGCAGCAAAAUGUCAUUCAUGCUCGUCAUUAGCUUUGUCAGAUCAUUCAAGAUGGUUCUCUUGUGACUUUCUACUAACUCACCAAUCUUGCAGGCUGUUGUUUUGUUCUACAAAACCCAGGGGAAAAGCUUAGUCACCUCAUUUGUAUUUGUGGGCUUUCUGUUUUCCUGGGCUGGCUUGUCUCUUUUCUGCUCCUGUUGGUUCAUUUGAAUUUGAUAACUCAGGAUGCUAAAGUGAAAGAAGAUUGAAGUGAGUGCAGUGUCUACAGAGUAUUUGCAUUUUAAAAUACAGAUGGGCAGCUUGGUGAUGUCUGCUGGGCACUGUGGGUAUGUAGAGCAUAUUGUCACAGAAAACAGAUGUGGAAGGUACACUGAGAAGUCCCCUCGUCUGUUACCUGCCUUGUGAGGCUGCCUGGUGCCCUGAUUAGCUUCAGUCAGGGAGGGUCAGGUACCACCCUAGCUACAGUUUCCGGUACUCUACAGAAAUGUAAAGGAGUCAUUUUGCUUCAAAAUGUCACAUUCCCAAGCAUUAUAGUUUUGUUAUGUCAGGUUUUGCUCAGUGCUUGCUUGGUGACAAAGGUUUUUUGAGAGUAAGAGCAGAAAGUAACUGGUUGGGUAGCACUUCUGCUUGCACCUAGCAGCUGUGAGGUUUUAUACACGGGCUUUUAAGGUGGAACAAAAUCCCUUUGAAGACUAAUCCAUGAUGUGUUACCGCGUGUCACCUUGCCUUGCUAGCAGUGGGUGUGGGUGAAAGCUUAAGCCAUGGUCUUUGAGACUGGGGAGGAGCUGAGGCAAGUUGCUUAUUAUUUACAAUAGAAAUGCAUGCAGUGACUUCACUUCAACAAAGGAACAGUGUUUUGCCCUACUUGGGGGUCCUCAGCGCCCGGUUUAACUCAGGUGGAAGCAAUGCCAGCCCUACCAGUUUGCUCAGUUUCUGUCGAGGCAUGUAGCUCAGAGGUAUACUGUGUGAUGUUAGGGUAGCGCCGUGCACAUCACAGCAUACGUAGAACAUGUAGGUGCUGUUUGAUCUUCGACUACCAGGCUGAGAUGAUACUGCUGCAUGUAUAUGAAAAAAUAAAGGCUUUCAUAAUUGGCAAAGUUUUAUAAUAUGUAAAACUGAUGCACAUGCAGGUUUACCUUGCAUAAUCCCUUAAAAUACCUGUAUUUGUUUACUUUUAAUUACUUUCUCCUUCAAUUUUUUCUCUACCACAGCUCUGAAAAUAGAGCCAACAAGACAGCAUUAUUGUGAAGGAGAGUUAGCAUUUAGGAUACCCUGGUGUUCCUGCACAAAUAAGUCUAACUGCUUGAAAAUAUAUCUUGAAACCAGAAAUGGAGAAGCAUAUUCAUGUCCAUCUUGAAAAUUCAUUCCCACAAGUGAGCUGCCAUUCACUUGUAAAGAGGAGGAGAAAUUAAUCAGAAUGCUAAAGCAUAGGUGAUCUAAUUGGCAAGUAUGACUGAAAUAUUUGCCGUGGAAGAAAGUGAAUCUGAUUUUGUGAAACAUGUAAGCAGAUCACAGUUUGGCAGUGGUUUUGUUCCCCUGGCGAAUCACCAUUAUAAAUCCAAGCAGAACCUGGCUAUGCUGUGUGAAGCUGGAAGCAAAGUUAGGAGCGAGCAACAAAAUCCACAGCUUCUAACAUGUGGUGAAAGAAAAUUAAUUGAGUACAGUGCAAUCUAAUGGACUUAGUGUUUGUGUCCAUUCCUUCAAUUAUUUGGAUGCAGUGAUUGGUGCCUCACAACCAAAAAUUGGGGUUAUUAAGCAGCUGUCAAAAAAUUAUGAUUGUUCAUGGAUUUGAGACUCUCUUGAGAAAGGAGAGCUACUGUGCUUGAUGAUGCAUUUCUUUGCUUUGCUGAUGGACUAACCUGUUCCUUUUUCACUAGCUGGGAUAGUCUUUUGUCAUUUAAAAUGCACUGGAAACAAAAAGCUAUACCAUUUUCCCUUCUUCUAACUUAUUUUAAAUACUUACACUGAAUGGUUCCAGGUAUGCUCUCCUGUAAACAGAAGCGUGCCAAGUCAUGGCUCUGCGCUGGGUUGUAAGCUGAUCGUUUCACAUCUAGUGAAGUUCAGGGUCCUGAGGAUUGGCAUGAUGCCAUUUCACCAUGGCAGAACCCAGUAAUGUUUAUGUUACAACACCUAACCGAGCUUUUCAAGUCUCCUCUGUUUUCUUAACUUUGUUCAGUUGCAAGCUUGAUGCAGCUUAAAGCACAGCAGUCUCAGGAAAUUGCAGGCUGCUGAACAGUUACUGUGCGGGUCGUAGCAAUAUCCUCUUCCCUCUCAUGUCCCACAGGGUGCUUCAUCACUAGUUUGAUGUGAAAGUAGGUGAGCUACUCGUGAAAAACAAAAUCCUUGAAUUCCACACUAACAUAAUCAGUGGUAACGCAUUGUCCCUUUGGAUCUUGAUGGGGUAGAUACUGUUCUAGUGCCACCAGCUCUUCAGUAAGAUCUUGCUGAGAAGUUGUCUUCAUCUGUGCUACCUUUUGGCAGACUUAACUGAGCUGUGUGUAGGGGAACAAAGACGUUUGGGAGGCAGUGAUGGAAGGGAACAGGAUCGUCGUCUUUGUAGGUCCUAAUAUAGCUAAUUGAAUGAAGUGUUUCUGAGCCGAGUUAAAGUUAGUAUAGAGAUUUGUCUAGUGUAAAAUCUGCCUGUAAGAUAGGAAGGGAAGUUGUGGCUGUAGUUACCUGAUCACAAUCUCUGUUGAAAUAAGCAGCAUGUGAGUACUAAUUGUAGUGCUGGUUUCUCUCAAGUGCACUGAGAUCGCUAGCUUCUUUCUCACAGGGCACUGAAUGAUCAUUAAAUGCUAAUGACUUUUGAUUACUGUUGACCUCGGUCAAUUUAGAGUUAGCGACCUAGAGAUGAAAACCACUGUAUCUCAUUACCAAUUUCCUGAGCUAUCUGAUCUUUCCUUUGUAGGUCAGUUUUGAUAAGAGGCAGAAUAGAAUUAAAGUUGACCUCUGUCUUAGAAAAGGGGUUGAAGGCGUUCAGGUUUGCAGUAUUGUGCUUAGAAGCAGCAACAACAACAAAAGGAAGCAGCUACAUGGAAAGAACUUGUCUUUCUGACCCCAUGGAUUGUCAAGAGCAAAACUUAUCACUUCUAGUAGAAAAACAGCCUAUCACCUGUAACCUUGAAUUUCUCAUUUUGUAGCUGCAGGUUUUCUCAUCUCAAGCAUCCAUUUAUAACUUGUUCUUACUUUGAGCCAUGAAGCAGCAAAUGAGUGUUUAUAGGAUAAAUUGCCAACUCGGCUCUAGGAUGUUUUCUACCUGCAAUUGCCAAACUAUGUGCAGGAUGGUAAAGUCAUCUAUUUCAUGUUGUGAUGAAGCAUUUCACUUAAUUUCUUUCCAUAUGCACAGAAGAAAAUGUGUGAUAAUUCACUGUUAUUGUUCACUGUAGACUCUUUAAAUGAAAGGUGUUUUUUAUACAGUUGUGGUUUCUACAGACUGCCAUUCAUACAGCAAAUAUGGCAUUGAAUUCAUAAUGAAAAUGUGUGAUAAAUGUAAAUAUUUUUCCUCACUUUAAUAUGCAAGCUCUAUUUAUUUUUGUCAAGCUGAAAACAAAGCUUUUAAUUUUAAAAGCAAAACUCCGCAGUGUGAAAAAAAUGUUGUAGAGUUAUGUUAGUAUGUUUGGGAAAGAAACAUUCAGUUAUUGAACCUCUUACUGUGGUUAAAUGGCAGAGGGAAAGCAGCUAAGGAAGAAUGUAACAGGAGAGUAAUGCUGCACUCGGUUUGGGCUAAGCCUCCAUUGGUGAGCAUGUAGGGAAGGAGGAUGUUCAUGAUGAAAUAAAUAUAGGGAUAAAUGUUAUUCUCAAGUACUGUGUUUUGGUUUGAUUGCUUUGUCUCAAAAAAGGGUAUUGCUGUAAAAAUCAAAAGGGGGCAAUGAAAAUGUCUGCAGAUACAAAAGAAGGCAUAUUUAAAAGAUGAAGGUUGUCUUGAUAGGGAGGCCAGUAAGAAGUUUUGUGCAGAGAUGCAAAUAAUACAAGAAUGUGAAAAUAAAAGGCAAUUUUAUUCUCUGUUCUUCUGCUUUAGAAAAACUUGUAUUUAACUGCUGACUGGGCUGCUCAGAACUCCCUGUUUGUUUCCUUGAAAGCAGUAAGAGCACUCAUGGGGGGAAAAAAAAUAAGAAUAUCUUUAUGGAGAAAAAUAUUCUGAAGCUUUAACCUUCAUACUUUAGAGCUUAAGAUUAUCACUAAGCAGAGUUGGGAUGAAUAUUUGUAAACAAGCAUUGUGCUAGCAUACAAGCUAUAGCAAAAUAAAUUUUAACUUCUCGUGUUGGUUCAAGAUGCAGUUCUAAAUUGAUGCUGUUCUGAGAAAGAAAUACUCUAUUUUUUUAUUUUUAUUUGUACUAUGUGUUCAGACUUCGAUAGCCAUCACAGUGUUAUCCAUCUUUGUCCCUGCUUUCAGUCUUUGGUGUUUUUUUUUAAGGGAGCCCUCACUGAGUGAGACUUAGGGACCAACUUUUUGAUGCAACAAACAGGAAUGGUUACAGUCCUGGUUUGUCCCAGUGCUGCCUACCAGAAUCCUGUGUGAGAACAGGUGGUGGGAGAUUUGGUCAAUUCUGACGUGCUUUGUUACUGGAGAAAAUCAACACGGAGCUGUCAGUCCCCUUUCCAACUGAGUGUUUUUACAGACAGGAGGGUUGGGAUGGGUGGUUUCUUCCAAGUGACUAAAUAAUUCAUAAAUAGUUAAACAGCGUUAAGCUCCUCGGCUGUCUGGGUUGGGUUUCUUGGUUUUAUUGUUUGCUUUUUUGCUCUUUGAACUUGCGCGCAUCAUUUUUUAAUUAGUGUUUGAGUGAGCUUAAAUUCAACGAGAAGUAACGGCAGACAGGUAGAUCUGUUAAAUAUUAAGUGUAUAUUUAUUUUGGUUAAUAGAGAUGUACCAUCUGAAACUGAUUUCUUUGGGGAAUCCAGAAUUUAAACAAAGAAUUUUAAUAAUGCAUAGGCAUAAUAAUAACAGCCAAGGAAAAGACUUGGCAACUUUACAAAAAAAAGAAAUAUAUGCAUGUCCUUAUUGCCUACUUGGAAUUAGUUCCUCAGUUCAGAAUCUGGUUGUAGCAGCCCACUGGGAAUUGUGAUGAAGUCUUGAUUUUUAGGGAAAUUGUCCACUUUGUGUUUCUACAUGAAGAGCAGAGCUCUAAAUGUGAGAUAGAGGAAAAGCACAACCUAUUAGAAGACAAAAAAUGGAAAAUUUGGGGUAUACUUGCUACUGCAGAAGGAAGGACUGAUGCAGCAUGAGGAAGAGUUCCCAUCAACCUUGGAAAUUCAGUGAUUUCUCAAUUGUGCCUUUAGAAAGGCAUAAAUAUACAUGCUGUUGCACCAAGCACUGUGCGGUAUAAUUCCUGUGACAACCUUCCCAAUGAUUUCACAGCAUAUUAUUGUCUUAAAGGGUAAUUAGAACUGACAGUGUAGAUAUAUUAUCUGCAUUUGGGUUUAAACUGUAAAAUUAAUAAUUUUUUGUUUUGGUUUUGACUGUUUGUGUUUUAAACACUUCUUAGCUGAGAGGUGAUUUCCAAGGCUUAUAACUUGCCCUGUAUCGUUUGAAAGGAGGAUGAAAGUGGAUGCAUAGCAGCUCAGCCUCAUAAUGUAGCCCUUUGCCAAGUGCUUCACAUCUGGCAUUUAGAAUUUUCAAUAGACCUGUGUUAAGAUUUAAGCAUGGAAUUUCCUACACCCUUUAAGUUAAUACUUUUGGUGUGGUUACUUUGCUUACAAGUUAAUAUUGAUGUCUCUGAAUAAUUGGUUUUUUUUAGAUGUUUGUAAAGUUCCAUUCUGUUAAUAUAUAAUUAAUAAAGAAAAAUGAAAAUUACUGGAGAAAAUGAGGGAUACAGCACAAGUUUUCAGAGGUGGACAGAGCUUUGGGAGAAAGAAGGUCCUUACUUCUCUCACCAGAGAUAGACUUUGAACUUGAAGUUUUGACUCAUCUUUCAACAGGGCACACAUCUGAGCAUGCUUUUACUGACUGCAGUGAGCUGUAAGUCAUUAACAGUAUGUGUAUAUGGAAAAAGGAAAACAAUUUCAUAGGAAAAUAGAUGGCAGUUGCUGCCAAAACUGAAAGAAUAGUGAGUGCAAGAAGCACUGAUUCUUUCUGUGCUUUUCUUUUUCCACUUCACUUGAGACUAAUAACUGAUAUGUGAUGGUUUGUUUUGGAGCUAAUAAAGUUCAGUGGAAGGUGAUAUGAAGCCUGUGGAAAGGGUCUUAACUUUUUCAUAGGAACUUCUGGGGUCUGUUGUGGAAUCAUUAAUACUUUCCCAGUUGCAGCAGACCAGAUUCUGAUGGGUGGCUUAGGUGUGAAGCCACACCUAAGCAGGAUAGGUGCAGCAGACGUGAAGUUUUAUCUUUGGUUACCAGGGGUCUGGCUGGCUUUUGGAUUUGGCAGAACAAAGUUCAGCCGUAGCUUUCCCUCUCCUCCUUCCACAGAAAGCACAGCAUGUUUCACAUUGUGUUUUGUGGAAGUCAAAGGCAUGGUUGAUAGCUGCCAGUUUACAUUUGCCAAUAGUCUUUCCUACACACUUAAACAGUGGCUCUGUCAUUGCAUUUCUCUUCUGUAGCAUCUUGGUAACCUUAUCUGCUAUGGGUAUAAUCUUUGGGCUUCCAUUGGCUAACUUGUUUGUUGGGACCUUGCUUCUUUUAUUCUGUGGGAUUAGGUAAAAUGGAUUUAUGGAAUGAAAAUGAAAUAUCCCAUAUGAAUCUCCUAACCUCCUCUAUCUUUCUCUUGCCAGUUGCUAUGAUGAAAACCAGAUUUUCUGACAUGUGGCUCUUCUGUAUCUGUACGCUUGCUCCCCUGUGGAAUGGCAAACAGGUUGUUAUUGUAACUGGAAGGGAUGGAAGUUUACCUAAGGAAGGGGGGGAAAAAAAACUUGCACAAAUCCAAGAAUACUUUGUAUUUCCAUUGUAAAUUCUCUGCUGUGAGCAAUUAUAAACAUCCCAUCCGCGGGAUGAGUUUCUUUUCCUUUACCCUUUCUUUUACCAUCACAAUUCAACGUGACAAACGUAGUUAGUUUCUGUCCCAAACGAACCUGUCACAGAUCAAAAAGAAAAACAAGUGAGAAAGAGAGAAAAAAGGGAAGAAAAGCUUGCUAGGAAAUAUUUCUUUGGCAGUUGCAUGAUCUGCCUCUCCGUCUAUUUAGGAACAGGUUUUCAGCCACACCAGGUUUGACCCUUUGACCCACCAUUUUCUUUUAAAUUGACAGACAGAGGAGAUGGAUAUGUGUCUGGAAAUAAUAUCUUGUGAUGACCACUGCCAGUGUUUUGGUGCUUAAUAUGAAGUUACCUCUCAAGGAGACCUAACAAUCUGUGCAGUAUCUACACUUAGGCAUUACAAUUCCAAGAUUGUGUUACAGAUUGUGUUAUAGUUGUGGCAGUUGCAGUUGUUUUUUCAGUAAAUAGCCUGAGUAGCAUCUCCAUGCUUCAGUUUCAGUCCAUGGCAGACUCUUGACAGGCAUUUCAGCAAGGUCAACUUUUUCUCCACCAGCCUUUGGUCAAUUUUUUAUUUUGGUGUUGUGUUCUUGUCCAGCAAAACUAAUUAACUAAUUGAAGAACAAAGAUGAUUUUUUCUUUUGAAUUGGAAAAUAAUUGUGAACUGAUGCUAGAAUUAUCAACCCAUCCAGUGCUUUAAGGUGGGAAUGUUGACACCUAAUACUUUUGUUAUGCUUGUCUUUUUUUUUUAAUGCGCUAGACCUUCUACUAAGGAAACCUGAUCUAAAUUUAAUUCAAAGUAAACUAAUGACUGAAAAUUAGUUGUUUGUUUUUUUUUUUAAUUUAAAUGAUUUCAUUGGUAUAUCUUAUAUCCUGUUUAUUUCAGAAAGUAUUUAUUAACAGAAUCAGGAUGUGUUUGCCUCUUGAGAAAUGCUUUCUGCCUGCGAUUCAUAAAUUGGUCAGAUUUGCAUGGAAUGCUUGGAAACCUUAAUUAAGUAUAUCCCCUCCAAUUUGCUUUAAUCUGAUUGCACAUGUAGAAGUUCCCUUCUCAUGUGGUGCAGCCAUGUCAUGUGUAAGCUGGCCUAACGAACGCUACUUAGUCAUUUGGGACCCCUGUUAAAAGCUAUUACACUCCCUAGAAACAUAAGGAGUUAAAACUAAAGCUGUGACCUCAUCUCUAUUCAUGUUACAUUGGAGUAGAAACUGCGUGGAAGGGGAUCGUUUAACUGUGUCGCUGUCUUUGCUGCUGCUAGCUGAUUUGCUUUCAUUUGGUUCCCAUAUUUAUAGCGUGCUCUUUCUGAACAACUGCCACAGAAGGGAUUUGUGAGCGUCCUAGACACGUACGAAGCCAUGCUAAUACGAACUGCGUGUGGAAAUAGCUCCCACUGAAACAUUUAGGCUCUAGGAUGUUUCUACCUGAUUUCUACAUUUUAUCCCUGCCCCUGUGAAAUCCAGACAGCAUCAAGAAGAGCUGAAACGCACAGGCUUCUAGCCAGCUGGGCACUUAUGUAACUGUGCAUGCAGUUUCCCUUAUUACUUAGCACUGCGUACUAAAUGAGGAGCGCAACUGCUGUCGCUUUAAUGUUGGAGCCGCGUACGUUACAAUAGGUGUCACUGUGCGGCUGAAUCCAAUCGUUAUCAGUGACUUCAGCUAUUGGCUCUGCGUGCUGGCUGACUCCAUCUGCAGGGCUGGAAUAUCUGGUCGCUUCGGAUCCGCUCAUCGCACAAGUUGAGCUCGCUGAGCGGGCGAGCGGUGCUACGGCACGUCGUGCUUGCCUCUGGUGGGAAGCUGCUGCGACAGCCGCGCGUGUGCCUCUGUGCUGGGUGUGCUGCUUUCGGGUGGCUCGCGGUCAGGAAAGCUGGGAAGAAAUAAAACUGGCAGGAAUGAUGGGGAUGUAUUUAACAAUUCAAGUACUGGAUCAAACUUAAAGCCUGGUUUCUUACUCGGAACGCUGGAAAGGUCACCUUGUCUUGCUGGAAAAGAAACUCUCUGCUCUUCUGCUCCGUGUUUAACAGCUCACACGUGCAUUUUUUAAUGUUCUUAGCUAGUCAGGUUAUCUAGCUAUACAGACAAGUAUACUCAUGGUAGAUGAGAAAGGGAAGAACAUGAAAUGUCUCACCUUUUUCUUGAUGCUUCCAGAGACGGUUAAGAACAGGUCCAAGAAGAGCUCUAAAAAGGGAAAUAGCAACAGCAGCAGCAGCAAAUUGCCUCCAGUUUGCUAUGAAAUCAUUACCCUGAAGACCAAAAAGAAGAAGAAGAUGGCUGCUGAUAUUUUUCCCCGAAAGAAACCAGCCAACACUAAUACAACUGCUGUCCAGCAGUACCACCAGCAAAAUCUCAAUAACAACAACACUAUUCCAGCACCAAACUGGCAAGGACUUUAUCCGACCAUCAGAGAGAGAAAUGCAGUGAUGUUCAACAAUGACUUGAUGGCAGAUGUUCAUUUUGUGGUCGGGCCACCAGGUGGGACCCAGCGGCUGCCGGGACAUAAAUAUGUCCUGGCCGUUGGGAGCUCAGUAUUCCAUGCAAUGUUCUAUGGAGAACUUGCUGAGGACAAAGAUGAAAUCCGUAUACCAGAUGUGGAGCCUGCUGCUUUUCUCGCAAUGCUGAAAUACAUAUAUUGUGAUGAAAUUGAUUUGGCUGCAGAUACUGUCCUGGCCACUCUUUAUGCUGCCAAGAAGUACAUCGUCCCUCAUCUUGCCCGUGCCUGCGUCAACUUCCUAGAAACAAGUCUAAGUGCAAAGAACGCCUGCGUGCUGCUUUCCCAAAGCUGCUUAUUCGAGGAACCUGACCUGACCCAGCGCUGUUGGGAAGUGAUUGAUGCCCAAGCCGAGCUGGCUUUGAAGUCCGAGGGCUUCUGUGACAUUGAUUUUCAGACGCUUGAAAGCAUCCUCCGACGGGAGACUCUGAAUGCCAAAGAAAUUGUUGUUUUCGAAGCAGCCCUGAAUUGGGCCGAAGUGGAGUGUCAACGACAGGAGCUAACUGCCACCAUAGAGAAUAAGCGCAAAGUCCUGGGAAAGGCGCUGUACUUGAUACGCAUCCCUACCAUGGCACUCGACGAUUUUGCAAAUGGCGCUGCUCAGUCUGGGAUUCUGACUCUCAAUGAAACCAAUGAUAUCUUCCUUUGGUAUACAGCUGCCAAAAAGCCAGAGUUACAGUUUGUAAGCAAGCCCCGGAAAGGCCUUGUUCCACAGCGGUGCCAUCGUUUCCAAUCCUGUGCUUACCGCAGCAACCAGUGGCGCUACAGGGGCCGGUGUGACAGCAUCCAGUUUGCUGUUGAUAAGAGAGUGUUUAUAGCUGGCUUUGGGCUAUACGGCUCCAGCUGCGGAUCUGCAGAAUACAGUGCCAAGAUUGAACUCAAACGACAAGGAGUUAUCCUAGGCCAGAACUUGAGCAAAUAUUUCUCAGAUGGUUCUAGUAACACUUUCCCUGUGUGGUUUGAAUAUCCAGUACAGAUUGAGCCUGACACCUUUUACACAGCUAGUGUGAUUUUGGAUGGUAAUGAACUCAGCUAUUUUGGACAGGAAGGAAUGACAGAAGUUCAGUGUGGGAAAGUGACUGUUCAGUUUCAGUGCUCUUCGGACAGUACAAAUGGCACUGGGGUACAGGGAGGGCAAAUUCCUGAACUCAUAUUUUAUGCUUGAAUGUGUGGAGUGAAAGCAUUUUUUCCUAUGAAAAACCUGUCUAGUUCAGACCUACUGACGCUUAGCUCUUUAUCUGCAGAUAUGUGAUCAGUACAAGUUAUUUGUCACAAACGCUACGGGCGAGUUACUGGCUUGCUAUACUUGUAGCAUCAUUGGUGAUGAAGUUUAAGUGUAAUAUUUAACUUUAAAUUGGAAGCUCUUAUGAAUAAGCAAGUUUUGAAUGCUUAGUAAGAGAGUUACCCAAUACCUGGCGAUGCUGACCCUUGCUUUGAUGCACCUGAAUCACCAGAGGAUGCCCUCUUAUCUGGUGGGCUCUAGAAUUCUUUCCACUAAAUGCUGUCAUCUUUGAUCAGUUUUCUCUUUCUCUGUUUCCCGCUCUUUGUUUAUAACUAUUUGGGUAGAUGAGUUGAAAACAAGGAGCCUUGUUCUAUAGCUCUCUUCUGUGUACUCUUCAAACUGAAGAGAUUCCAAUCAGCUGAGCUGAUUUUGAUCAUGGAGGCUAACAGAAGUGCUUCAGUUCUAAACAGAAAAAGUAUAGGUUUAUACCAUCAUCCUGAGAGAGAGAUUCUGCGGUAGCCAGCUGUUUGAGGAAGCUACACAGUGUGCUGACCAGAAUGCAUGGACAUGUUUACAGUGAGUAAGGGUUUGGGCUUGACAUGUGACCCUAAGAGUUCAUAUUCCAGGAAUCCCACCUUGAAGGCAGGAAAGUACUUGCACAUGUUCAUGUUACAUACACGAGCUGAAACCUCUAUUCUUUUGACCUGAUUUUGCUACAUUGAAGUUGAUUUACUAUUUAAAUUGCUUUUUGAAUCCUUGCUAAAUAGACAGGAGUUAAUAUCUAGCAUUUGAUGUUGGACAGUUUUUAUAUUUUUCUUAUUUUCUUCCUAAAUAUUUAGAAGCAUGUGGUAGAGAAACAAAACAAUGUACUGGUCCCAACUUAGACUUUUUUUUUUUUUUUUUUUUUUUUUUUUUUUUUUUAAAUACUGUGAGAAUUUUGAAAGAGACAAGAUUCCCAAAUGUGGUCAUGUUACAGUUAGUGUAUAUCAUUAGAUAAAAGUAAGGAGGAUCUCUUACAGCUGCUUAUGUGGAACCUUCACUUUAUCUGAGUCCUCUCUCAAGCUUCCUGUCAUAUGUCUGUCAUCUCUGGAAAAGUAUUAGGGUUCACAGCUCUUUUUGAGAAGGAAGUAUAAAUAACAGAUGUAGGUACUAUUUAAAUACAAGGAAAUCUUUCACCCUUGCAUUGUGACACUUGUACUACAAUAGGUCCCUCUGAGAUACAACUCAUUUAGUCUCUGAAGUGGGUUCGUGUAUGUGUGUGUGUGUGUUUUAACAAAAUUAGAGGACCAAAUAAUUAUUAAGGCAGUCUGAAGAUUAAUAUGUCGGCACAUUAAUGUAGCACAACCCUAAAUUGACUAGUCAGUUUUGUGAUGAAAAUCUUUUUCCUAUAAGAUUUCUUAUCAGUUUGACACAAUUACUCUUAUGAGUUUUUUGACAGAUGAAACCCUGGCCUCUGGCCAUUGUUAAGUGCCAACACUUCUUUGCAGUGUCCAGAGUAUCAUCUGAGAUGAGGAAAAACUGGAGUGUAGAUAACAAACACUUUAUGGCCAAAGCUCAGUUCUUUCCUCUAGGUAACAAAGGAGAGCCAAGUGAAAAACUACCCUACAAGAUCUAUGCCUUUCACCCAUCUUACUGUUUAGUGUUUUAUAUACAUACAUGCGUGAGUGUGUGUGUGUGUAUGCAACAUUCCUUCUGAAAUGUAAAUACCCUCAAAAUAUGGUGAUUUUUUUCUUUUAACAGAUGUACAUAAUCCAGACUGUUACUGAAAUUUAAACAGAGUGGUCCAUGGAAAACUCACAGAGAUUUUAAAACAGCCGCCAGUUAAAUAUAUUUAGAUGUGCAGCCUAAAAUAAACAAGAAUGUGUGGACUGGAGAAAGAGUUGCUUAAGAGACUGCAAAAAGGAAUCUAAGAUUGUUGUGAGGUAAUGUUCAUCUACCUGGAGAGAAUGUUUUGCGCAGCAAUUCCAUUUAUGUAAAUAGACUUGGAAGCAGAGCAAGAUGCUAAUCAGCCUGCUAAAUUUUCAUACAGCAAGUGGUUGACACAGAUGUAAUAAUUCGGAGUGAAUGUCAGAUUGACAAGCUGCUUGCAGUAGCAAGCUGCAUUCUGAGUUUAGGGAAAAAAAAAUGAGGUGCCUCAGCUGUUGGGACAAAUCAGUACUGCACUGCUAUAACUAAACUCUGGUUCUCACUUUUAAUUUUGUUGGGUUUUUUGCUUGUCUGCAAAUACAGGUAAGCUAUCUGCUACGUUGGCUGGAAUAGAUGGUAGGAGAUUGGAAUACUGUAUAGCUGUAUAAAAUUAGCUAUUAUUUAAUUAUUUUUAUUUGCUGGUUUUAUUAAAUCAUUUUGACGAAGCAGGAUGAAAGCUACCUCUGGCUUAAUUCCUCUGAGUCCCUUCCAGGUUCUAGGAGCUGCUGCAUGUGAAGUUGUUUUUUAAUAUGGAUCAAUAAACAUAAGCACUCCGAAACAGCUUUUGAGCUUGAUUGUGAGUCCUGCUUGAUGCUGACAGAUGCUGCUGUAUUGAGAAGGUGGCUAGUUGUAGUCCCCUUGGACAUUCAGGCACUUAAGUAGGUGUCCACAUGUAGAUUUGGUCAGUUUAGCAGUAGUAUCUAAGCUUGAACACGUGGAUGUUCUGCAAGCAUUGGCUGUAUCAACCUGGAAUGUAAGCAUAAUGUCAGUAGAGAGAACUUCUGGUAGAUUGUCUUAAACUGUACCUGGCCACCUUUGCUAUUUGUAUGUUUGAUUUUCCCGGUUAGGGGAAUCUGUGAUAGAGAGUAUAAUGUAAUAUACUUUCUGCAUAUCUAAAGUAGUAUUUAAGUAAAUGCUUUAAUUUCUACAUGCUUACUGCACUGAACUGUUUUGUUUGUUUGUUUUGGUUUGUUUUUUUUAUGUAAUUAAAUGCAGCUAACUUCAGGUAACAGCACUCGUUUGUGCUGGAGCAGUGUUUGAUUUUGGCAGGCUUACGGCAUUAUUUAUAAAGGACAGAUAUAUAAAUAUGAAGUACCUCAUGUUGAAUGUUAUUGUACUGUAUCUUCAAUGUCACAGUGCAGAUCUUGUUGGACUCAUGAAUGUGUAUAAUCGCAUUAAACCUACGAAUAAAAAUGGUUCUUAAAUGGUU